GCCAAACUCCAGCACCUUUCGGAGCCGGCGCCUUUCAUUUUCGUUUCCCGAAAGAACAGCGAGCAGCGCCCGGGCGGGGAGAGGGCUGGUGGGGAAUUGGGUAGGAGCCCCCGCGCAUCCGGACGAUCCCGGCCCCGCGGUUCCCCCUCUCGCCUCCCCUUGUAAUGCAGGUUGAAGUGGCAGCUAGCUCUUUGACUCCUGUGGCCACAUCAGCUUUGCCCUUGCCCCCCACUUCGGAGACAUCUAUACAGUCGUUCUGUGAUGGACAAAUCUGCACAUUGCCAGGCCGACUCAGAAUCCAACCAUUUCUAUGGAGCAAAGAUGAUGUGAUUCACUGGCUAAGAUGGGCUGAAAAAGAAUAUUCACUCAGGAAAUCUGAUGACAGUAACUUUGAAAUGAAUGGAAAAGCCCUUUGUAUUCUCACCAAGGAAGAUUUCAAAUUUCGGGCUCCUAAUUCAGGAGAUGUGUUGUAUGAAUUACUCCAAUACAUAAAGACCCAGAGAAGAGCCCUUGUGUGUAGCCCUCUCUUUAAUAUUCCCUUUUGGGAUACAGAGCAUAACCUGACCCAGAGCACUGCAGAAGGUCCCAAAUGCAACCUAGAAGAUUUCCCAGCUAAGGGCCCUGCAUUGCCUUCAGAACAUCCAAUCAUCAUCACUAGUCAUGCAGGCUAUUUGGACCCAUCUCAGUCUUCCACCAAGACUCUCUCUACUCCUGGGGUGACACCUCUUGCUUAUUGCAACCUAGAGAUCGGUCACAGGGGAAAUGUUUGCUCUUUUCCUGUAAAAACAUCUGCCCCAAUCAGUGGUAAAAUAGCGGACUGCAGGUUACUUUUGGAUUACAUCUACCAGCUCCUCUCUGACAGCCGGUAUGAAUCAUUUAUCAAAUGGGAAGACAAAGAAACCAGGAUCUUUCGGGUGGUAGAUCCUAAUGGCCUUGCUGGACUCUGGGGAAAUCAGAAGAACCGAAAGAAUAUGACAUAUGAGAAGAUGUCAAGAGCUUUGAGGCAUUACUAUAAACUCAACAUCAUCAAAAAAGAAACUGGACAGAAAUUAUUAUUCAGAUUCCUAAAAAUUCCUGGAGAAAUAAAACAGUAUACCGCCAGUAAAUUGGAGUAGCUGAACAAUGAAGAGCAGAAAGGGGAGGACUGGAAAGUUUUAUCGGAAAUCUCACUGUAGACGUUUGCCAAGUCAUAGUGACAUCAAGAGCUUGUGUUAAUCAAUAGCAAAAUGUUUGAUGUCUCUAUGAAGCCAGAAAGGAAAAAGGCCUUGGAGCAUUGUCCAUCCUGUAAAUGAAAUGCAAAGAACGAAUCCACUGGACUUCUGCUGUCAAACUGAAUAGAAACAUUUGUACAAAACAGAAAGUCCUUAUGUUCAAAAAACAGUCCUCAAAUCAGUUCUAGUUCCUCUGCCAAUCACAGUGGUGUAGAGUUUCUUAGCUAUUCUCAAAGAUACCCUCCUCCCAUAUAAAAAUAUGUCAUGGGAAAUUAAGCAGUUUUUCAACACUAAAAAACAACAACAACAAAAA